AUGGCUGACUCGAGGAGAACGGAGUACGUCGGUGUUGAAUUGGACGACUACGACGGGGAAAGUGUCCGUACACGUACGAGCCAGUACAGCCGGCUAUCCGAAAUCAGUUUGAUCAAGUUCCAAAAUCAUAGACGGCGUUCAAGAGCUCCUUCCGGAGCUUCUAAUCGAAUUCGAAAAUUAUUUUCCAAGGGAUUAUGGCAACGGGCACCGUCUCAGAUCAAAAUCUUCUUUCGGGAAGCCUUCAUCGACCUCAAAUCACUCAACUGGCGGCAUCAGUCUUGGCGCCUUCUUACGAUUCUGAGCCCUGUUUUCGUCAUAAUUGCUCUCAUCAUCACGUUGACUGUGAUCACCUCUGGCAGGCUGUACAGCAACAACGAAGCUUGUCGACCAGAUUCUGGGUUCUAUGUCGGAUAUGAUGACUACAACAUUUGGGCACUCUCUGGUUUCUUCCAAAUCACCCUGGGCUUUGGUCAGUUUUCUUUUACUACAGCCAAGAUCAUUGACGUCGGUUGGGAUAUCAUUGUCGGCCGCGGAGGACAGGCCCUCCUCGUUAUCAUCUGUUUCAUUGUCUUCUCGAAAGCGUUGGUUCGAUCAAUGGAAUCCUCACCUGUAUCCUACGGCACCUUCGAAGCUGUCACCUUACAAAACGGCACACUGACCAGCACUCUCAAACUCACGCGAGACCUGCUCAAAAACAAAAAUUGGCGUGCAAAGGCUGCUGUGAUCUGGAUGGUGAUCAGUGGCAUUUUCGUCCUUGCCUUCCCAACUCUAGUCAGCGCAAUGACUGGGUACUCAGCCAACAUCAAGUCCUUUGUUGAAGUCGAUACCGGAAGCAUGGUGCCCUAUUCCGACUUUGACCUGGUCAGAUAUAUCGUCCACGAUGCUGACCGAAUCAGUGAUCAAUUGGGAAAAGACUAUAAGGUCACGACUGGCAGGUACGGGUCCGGUGAGGACAUUGUCCAACUGGAAAGUUAUCAGUAUUCCGACCGUUGCACCUACAUGCUGUAUCCUCAGUAUAGUUCCGACGACUCGCUGGAUUGGUCAGAUGCAGCAGAGGAUCCGAUGUGUGAAUUUUACUGGCAUGUUUCUGAAUAUGCUUAUAACUUCGGAUUCCUUGGUCUAAAUCAGACAAACUCCACCUUCAACAACAGUGGUGAAAUUGUUCAAUUGGAAGCACCUAGCCUGAACAUUAGCGCCAUCUUUUGGAAGCAAGGUUGGCUGGAUUAUGGAUAUAUAGAUUAUAACUGGCAUGAUUAUCCUUUUGGCUUCUGGUGGGAGACCGAUGACGGAGAUCAACCAUUCCACAACUAUUCAUACCCAGUUUUCACCAAUGGCGACUUCACCUACGAUUUGGACCAAAUCAAUCUGAAUGGUCGCUGCCAACAAGAGAACACAACUUACAAAUGGGGGUUUUCUUUCUUGAUCCUCUUCAUCGUUAUCGUCUUCAUCCUCGUCUGGUGCCUAGGAAUGUACAUCAUGUGGCUCGAUGCUUUCUUCAAUUCCCGGUUCGACCGUGCUGGGCGGUCAAUGGGACUUCAACGCGCAGUUCUAGAUUUGGCAAAUUGCAUGCGAGCAAACCUCGGUGAUGAGGUCCCUGAGAUGCUACCAAACGCCAAAUUGCAGGAGAAAAUCCGACGGGAGCUCAAAGGAGGCCAAAUAACAUACCAAAUGCUGGAUGACAAACUCCUACCGAUCAGUCGAGCAGCUGAACUCCGCCUUAAAUGGCGCGAGGUCCGGUCCAAAGAAGGGCUGAAGCAGUGGUUCAAAGUGAGAAAAUAUACCUUGGUCCUUUUCCUAGGAUCACUCGGAUUCUUGAUUGCGGCCAUAGCUGGAACUCAUGCGCCCUUGUUUUCAGCAUUCUUCAUGGUGUUGGGUUCGAGCAUUGCUCUCUUUACGGACAGAGAGCGUAAGGGUCGGUGGUUGUUUCUGAUUGCAUUUGUCAUUCUUGCAAUCGCUCUUGGUCCUGUUGGACCGUAUGUAUAUUUGGACAAGCACCAUUACGCCAUCAUUUGGCUCCAACAGGAUCCUUACUGGACACUCAUGUGGUGGAUGAACUAUUGA